UUGAAGCCUUACAAGUUCUACCUGAGAAACCGGCAAAUAUGGCGCCCAAAAAGAAGAAGAUGAUUAGGAAGAAGUCAACGAUUUCUAUGCCACCGUUUAAUUACAAUCCACCAAAUGUUUAUGAGCUUGGCGUGAAACCGCACCUAUUCGUCAAAUGCAAGAUUUGCUGCACAGCGCUGCCACACCUCAACUUUGAAUGGCCGGCAGUUCCAACGGACUUGACUCUGUCUGCCAUUAAGGAGGCCAUCGUCAAGCGACACGGCGGCAGCCUACCGCACCUCACGUUGUUCAAGGGCGUGGUGCAUCCGGAGAAUUCCCUGGCGCGCUUCUCGGACGCAACCACGCUGAAGGACUUGGGCUGCGAGGGCGUCUUCAUAGGACCUGACGUGAUCCUGCCCACGAUCACCUUCUACUACGACUUCGUAGUUGCAUGCUUUGACGACCCGAUCGGUGCUGUAGAGCCCGACACGCUCCCUUCCAAGCACGACAUUUCCCUGAAGCUGUAUCGCAAGCUGACGUCAGCACAGGCCCAAAGUUUGGUGCAGCGACAGCUUGCGGCUCCAGCGCCCGUGAUCCCGGUCGCGAUAGGUGCAAUAGGCCGAGCUCAAAAAUGAAGCCCAUGUUCGCUGUGCCGAUCACGUUGGGGCGUGUGCCAAACAAUAACGGCCCUUUCUUAGCUGUUUUUAAUUCAUUCAUAACUUUUUUCGCAUUUAUGUUCUAGCACCUCAUGUACAUAUAUAGCACUGUGCAUCAGUGUCCUG